GGAUUAAGGAAUGGAAUUUGCAUCAAUCAUUCAAGUUCAUUCAAUCAAUCAAAUGGAAUUGUCGCUGAUUGCCAAUGCCAACCGAUCAAACGAUAUAAUUUUAAAACACUGUGAUAUUUAGUUGAAUGCUCUCAAAUCUCGUCGCGGAGGCGGUUUGCCAGUUUGGCGUAUGUCGACGUUAAUUACGACGCCGUGACAACGUUUUGUGAUCCAUGUUCUGUGUUGUGUUGUGGACAGUGGUGUCUUGAAUAACACUUAUUUACCACACAUUCUUAUCGUUUUAGCUUAGUGUAAAUGGAUUACAACGCUUCAUUUACUUUCGUAAACACGUAACGUCAUCAGGUAUGACUGCCGAGUGAAACAACACACCCGCAGUUCGUGUUUGAACAAUGUAAACUCGCAGUGCCAAAGUGUAUUUUAUUCCGUUCAAAAAUGCUCAAAUAAAUCAGUUCCUUAAAGUUAUUGAAAUACGUCCGUUUUAAAAUAGUUUUCAAAUUUACAAUAGCGCCAUCUGUGCUCGAGUAGCGAAAUUAGCGUGUUGCAAUUUUUGUAAGCGCCCUCUGUGUUCGAGUAGCGGAACUAUGUGUAGAUGGAACUAGCGUCUUGUGAAGUGAUAUUAUGAGCGCCAUCUGUGUGUGAGUGUUGGAACUAUGCGGUGAUGGAGGCGGGGUUUAUAAGGGCGAGCGUGGGGGGCGCGCCCCCCGCCUCGGCGAGUGUGGUGCGUGCGCCGGGCCUGAAGAGGGGCAAGACGGAGGAGGCGAUAUCGGAUCGGAUCAAGUUGGAGAGCGUGCUCGGGCUGACAGUCUCCUCUAACGCUGCUCUAGAUUGUGAUCCCAACACUGAGCUCGUCGCGUACCCGGCAGGAUGCACCGUGGUCCUAUACAACGUACGCAAGAACCGUCAGACGCACGUACUGAACGCGUCAAGAAAAAGCGUCACUUGCGUCGCCUUCAGCCCCGAUGGAAGAUACCUCGCCACUGGGGAGUGCGGGCACGCGCCCGCCGUGCGGGUUUGGGACCUACAGGACCCGACGGCGUCAGGCGCGGUUCAGAUUGCAGAGUUCCCCGGACACACGCAUGGAGUCAACUGCGUUGCCUUCUCAAGGUCGUCGAAGUACCUCGUGUCGGUGGGAUCGCAGCAUGACAUGAUCGUCAACGUGUGGGACUGGCGGGCGAAUUUGAAACUGGCUAGUAACAAGGUGUCGUCACGCGUCAAAGCGGUGAGCUUCGCAGAAAAUGGCAAUUACUUCGUCACAGUCGGCUUUAGGCAUGUCAAGUUCUGGUAUCUGGAGUAUUCUAGAAAUGCUAAGAUCAAAGAACCAGUACCUCUAAUGGGUCGUUCGGCGAUACUAGGCGAACAGAAAGACAAUGAGUUCUGCGACGUCGUGUGCGGGAGAGGCGAAGCGGCUGACAGCACGUACGCUAUUACCAGGAGUGGGCUGUUGUGUGAAUUCAAUAGUAGGAGGUUGCUAGAUAAAUGGGUCGAACUUAGGACGACAUCAGCAAACUGCAUGUCGAUCGGUGCCGGCUACAUAUUUGUGGGCUGCGCCGAAGGACUGGUGCGAUGUUUCGCUCCUGACUCCCUACGAUACGUUACCACGUUACCGAGGACGCAUUAUCUGGGAGUGGACGUGGCCCAGGGACAUAAUAUAAGCCACAUGUUCACCGUGCCGCCCAACGCGCGGUAUCCAGACGCCAUCGCUUUAACAUAUGAUGACAGAAACCACAAGCUCACCUGCGUUUACAACGAUCACAGUCUUUAUGUAUGGGACGUCAGAGAUAUUAAAAGGGUGGGCAAAUCCCACUCAGCCCUCUACCACUCCGCUUGCAUCUGGGGCGUGGACAUGGCCAACGGGGCCGGCACCCUCCCUGCAGGCACCUUCCUCACCUGUUCCAGUGACGACACAGUCAGGAUGUGGACCCUGCAGGGCAGGAGCGGGCCCAAUAUCUACAGCAACGAACUGAACAAAGUGGUGUACAUCGACCCGGAGCUGAAAUUCCUGAAAGAUGCAGAUCUCAGCGCGGCGGAUAAGGACAAAGCGAAGUCGUAUGACGACAAGACUGGUGUGCGAUGUGUGCGGAUAAGUCCUGACGGCGCUCACAUAGCAUCGGGUGACCGAGCUGGCAACGUGUGGAUACAUUCAGCCACCGGCUCACUGUUGCACAGGUUGGAGGCUCACGACGCCGAAGUAUUAUGCCUGGAGUACUCGGCUAAACCGCGGCUCUUAGCUUCAGCUUCGAGAGAUCGUCUCAUUCACGUGUUCAUGGUCGAUCGGGGCUACCAAAUUCUUCAAACCUUAGACGAACACUCAUCUAGUAUAACAGCAGUACGCCUGAUCCCUGCCCCCGCCCCCGCCACUCUUCAGCUAGUAUCCUGCGGAGCCGACAAAACUGUUCUAUUUCGACAACUUAUUGUGACUCCAGACGGGGGUUACAAGUUCGAACGAGGACAGAACGUGUCCGGUCGGACGACGUUGUACGAUAUGGAGGUGGACGCCGGCGGACGACACGUCCUGACAGCCUGUCAGGACCGCAACGUGAGGGUGUACAGCGCUUCCAACGGCCGACACACGAAGACGUUUAGAGGGACCACGGCCGAUGACGGAACCCUAAUCAAGGUGGCUCUGGAUAACAGCGGCAUCUACCUCGCUACUUCGUGUACGGACAAAGUGCUCAGCGUUUACGACUAUUACUCCGGGGAAUGUAUGGCGACCAUGUAUGGACAUUCCGAAAUAGUCACUGGACUUAGGUUCACACCGGAUUGCCAACAUCUAAUAUCAGCCUCCGGCGACGGUUGUGUGUUUGUAUGGCGUGUACCUCACGACAUGGUGGUCACUAUGAGAGCUAGAUUAGCUCAGCAGGCCAUAAGGCAGGGCAAACGAGUGGCGCCAUCUAACGGCGUGAGCGGUGUGGAAAGUGAAACGGACUCGCAUCUCGGCUCGCCACCUCGAGAAUUAUUGGAUGACAAAUUCACUACGCCUGUCGUACCAGACUAUACGCUCCGUAUUGGUCGCCUGCCCUCUUGGGCCAAGAAGAGUCUCGGCGACGAGCUAGUCCCCGAGUGCCCCGCGCCCGACCCGCCCGCGCGGGGCAAGUGGGCGCGCCGGAUACAACCGAACGACAAACGUGGCGAUUCGGACGGCUCAAAAGACAGCUCGCUCGAUAGCGGCACCGACACACGCUACGGCGACAAGCGACGCGACGUCGUCAGCAAACAGAGGCCGAAAUCCCUCAACCUGUCGCAGCUGCCGCGCGUGGAAGCGCUGUUUCGCAACUUCGACGCGACCAUCCGUAAAACAUACGACAUUUUGACCAUUUCGCCGAGACUGGAGAAGGUGUCGCUGCAGCUGCCCCCGCCAACGGCGCGCACGCGCCACCACACAGACGACUCGUCACUUGGCAGUUUUAAAUAUGAGGAACAAGAGUCAACGGAACACGAUGGCGAUAUAGAGGACAUCUCAGAUGGCGAACGAACGUCGUCCUCUGAGAGAAAUCGACCGACCUACUAUCCUGGAAAUAAUGACGACGAUACGCCUGGAGAAUUCAUGGUGAACGCAAUGGACGCUGAGGAGUUGCGCCAGUCUAUGCGGCGCUCAAAACAGUGGGCCGGGGACAGAUUAGCGCCCCCAGCGACAGGGGCCUCGCUUAGCGGCUCUGGACACGAAGAAGAUGAGGAUGAGGUGUCGACGCCAUCAGGAGACAAUGCGGAGCGCAAUCCUCUCUCAGGCUCUUGUGAGAGCAUAGACACAGCCGUCAGACGAGAGAAGUACCUUAAGUCGGCCUUCGAUAGCCUCAGCGGCGCCGAGUUGGACACUAUCCCUGGAGGUCACACAUCCUUAUCGGCGCAGCACCUGUCCCGCGCGCCCCGCACCGCGCCCACCCCCGCGCCGCGCACGCCCUCCAAGCCGACCGACCCUGAGGCGGCGCGCCGGCGCGAGGAGCUCCACCGCCGGAUACUGGAGACGAGGCGCCAGCUGGAGAACGUGGCGUUCCGGUCGAACCUCAAAUCCAGCCAAUCCACGACGGACCUCUCGUACAUUCCCGAAAAGGACAGGAACCGCAAUAGACCCGUCUCUAUGGCCGUGCCGAGCAAUUCCAGACCAUACGCCAACCGAACUCACCUAUCGCUGUACGCACCAGAGGAAGAGUCCGGCAUGAGACGCGCCAUCUCGCUCUCGGACCUGGCCGCUAAGCCGCUACCGGCGCCUAGGACGCAAGCAGCGGCAAGCAAACCCGUAGCUUCUGCUAGUCCCGGGAAGAGCCCAAGCGGCUUCGCCAGGCCUGCGCCAAGAUAUACCUCGAAAUCUAAUAUGACGAGAAGUAGCAGUGUUGGGGUUUUGAACCAGAGCGACUCAGAAUCCGAUCCUGCGCCGUCAAGAACCCGCGGUGCGGGUCUGAUGCGGCCCACGAUUAGUUCUAUGAACAAACAGGCCAGCAACAGCCGACGCAGGCCGCUACCCAACGCUUAUAGCUCAGUUUCGCUGUCGACGGCCGCCCAAGAAGAGUCCAGCUCCGAAGCGGAGGACAAGCCAGGGCAGCCCCGACCGAGGGCGGGCAGCAUCGAUGCUCGGCGUAUUGGUCGGAGCGGCUCGGAGCGUGACCUAUCCGCGAAAGCGCGAGAAGUUACGGCGCGGCUAACUCAGCCCUCGAGCCGGCCGCGUGGCAAAACUGACCCACCUACCCCAGACCCGCAGCUGUCAUCGUCCCAGCUAUGCUCAGCUUUAACUGAGCAGUUGACGCGCACAGCGAGCAAGGUCGUCCAGUUGUACCGGAGUCUUAGGCAAGAGCCGGGCGCCGCCGCUGACAUUAGUGGUAUAGAAGCAGCAAUUCUAGAAACGCAGAAAGUCCUCCGCGGCGCCGUCACACAGAACGGGGAUGCGCCCAGCAGCCUAUCAUCCACUGAGGGGGAGUACAGGGGGAUGAACGUUGAUAGUGCGAGGCAGAAACUGGAGCACCUUGUGUCUAAAGAAUCCAACAACAUGUCCAUAAUGGAACAAUACAGCGACAUACUCCUAAACAUGAUGCAAAGCAAGAUGGUCAACCAGUUCUCGCAGAGCCCUCAGUCACUACCACCGCGCGAACCCGGGGCAAGCAGCUAGUAUAUGUAGCGACAUAACAUGUGAUAUAAUAUACCAAGAAACGUGUAAAAACGACCUUCAAAAACGCCACCUACUGGCGAAAGUUAGUACUAAACUUUUUAGGACAGCUCGCGCCAUCUAUGAUGAGUCGGUGCUAAACUUUUCAAGACAGGUCACGCCAUCUAGUGGAUCUGAUGUACGUGAGAUUAUGUUAAGACUAAUAGUCAGUAAUGCCAUCUAGUGGUGAAUACUUGGUACUAUACUAAAUGUGAAGGUGAUACAACUGGUUGGACGCUAUCUGGUGGUGAGUAGUUGGACAAUUAUAAGUGUGUUUUAGCCUGUGAUGGAAUUUAAACUGUUUAUUUAGACCUUCUGUGUCGCUUUGUGAAUACUUUUUACAUAAAAUUACACUGGUCAUGGUGGUCCUAGAAUGUCAAUACAUAGUUGGAAAUCGGCCUAGAGUAUUUUUAAUCUUUGCUUGAAUUAGAAAUGACGUAUUAAGUAUUAUAUCUAAAUCGACAAGAAUGUUUAUAUACUUGGACCGCAACGCCAUCUUUCGGUUUGGUUAUGGAAGUAUAUUGCAACGCCAUCUAGUGAUUUGAUUAUGAAAGUCGUCCAAAUAAUGUUUUAGUUGUAACCAGGGCAUUGUAUGUUCGUGUCAAUUUUGCUAAAAAAAUAUUUUAGGACUAAUAUUGUGAUUGUGCGGCGUCCAUUAUUUAGUUUACAUUUGACAUUACAUAUUUAUUGCAUUUCAUUAUAUUCUUUCCAGUAUUAGCCUUUUUUAGAUUUUUAUUAGAAACUGUUUUUUUUAUAUUAUACUGUUAUAAUCAAAGAGAAUUUAAAAUAGAGGCGUAUUGUUUCGACACAUGAUUAAAUCUUUUCGAGCGAUACCUUUGGCCUGUACUCGUGUAGAUGGCGACACCUGUUGAUAACAAAUUUAACACAUCCGUGAAUGAACAAGGAUCAAAGUCAAAUGGAGUUUUAAAAGUUUUAAUCGUGUGUCGAAAGAUGGCAGUAAAUGUACUGUGGCUACAAAAUUUACUUUGACAAUACGCCUCUAUUCUAAAUUAUCUUUGGUUAUACAUAAUACAACGCCAGUCGAGAUAACUCUAAUGUGUGUCUAAAAUGUCCAAUACGCAUAGAUCAAUUCAACAACGUACACUCCUUUGACCGAAAGGAUCUGUUGAAGAGUUAAUGAAGAAACCCACAGUGCUAUUGUGUGGCCAAAAUCCGGUACGGCAAAAAAAUCGAGAAAACUGCGUCAUCGCUAGAGAUUGGGAGUGCAAGACAAUGUGCUAGUGUAAUGUACAAUUAGAAUGUGCUAGUGCAAGCUAGACAGCCAACUUAAGAGACAGGAGUUGUCAUUUCUCCAUACAAACGUACUCGACUUUUUCAUCCGUGGUUUUUGAACCUAGAGCAAUGUUUUUCUCAACACAGGUUAUUAUCUGUUAUCUGUUUUAUCUGUUUUGAUAUUUUUGGUUUUUAAGGCGCUAGAGCACUUCAAAUAUUCGCAAAACGGCCUAAUUUACUAGGCCGCAAAGAGAAGCAUGGCAUUCAAAACUGACAUAUUUUAGCCUAAAUAGCAAAACAGUCCGACACAGAUAAUUUCAUUGCCAUUUACAUCUCAAAUGGUUUGGAGAUGGUUUGGACACGUGGAAAGAAUGAGUGAAAGAAGGCUAACAAAGAGAGUGUAUUAGGGAGAGGUAGAAACGGGAGUUGGAAGGGGCAGACCUCGGCGGACUUUCUAUGAUCAGAUCGGGGAAAUCCUGAAGAAAGGCCAGGUCAAGAGCACCCUAAACCGGCGAGCGUGUAUGAGGAAUGUUAUGAAAGUGAAGGAAGCGAAAGAGGUAUGUCAGGAUCGUAGCAAGUGGAAAUCCGUGGUCUCUGCCUACCCCUCCGGGAAAUAGGCGUGAUUAUAUGUAUGUAUGUAUGUAUGUAUGUUACAUCUCAAAAUUUCGUCACAUUUGGUUAAGUUUUGGAGGAGGAAACAGUCGAGUACGAAACAUCGAUUUUCAGAUUUUUACGCAGGAUUUUUUGUGCCUAACCUGGCGUUGUCCUUAUCGCACUAGUUUUAAGAGCCGCUUCCGUUAGCGAUACGGAUAUAUUCACCUAAAAUAUAUUAAUAACGGGUCACUCGCGUAUAUUAAGUCGAAAAACGCUAGACAUGUUUCACUCGGUAGCGAGGAGUGUCAUCAGGAGCUUGCGUUGACGGUGACGGACCGGCGCAGACUGCGGGCUGCAGCCCCGUGAGUGACCCGUUAUUAAUAUAUUUAAUAUUUCUGUGUCUCACGGAAGUUUUGUUAUUAAAAUUCACCUAAAAUAUUUAAAUAUCAGCUUCCGUAUCCUCUUAAUCAUUAACGACUCUCGCAAGCACAUAGGGUUUGGCCCUACAAUAAUAAUAAUAAUAACUCCACGGCCGAAUUCGGCCACGGCGACUGCUGUCAACUCCGUUGCUGUCGCUGGUGUGCUCGCAAGUGGCUGAUGUAGCCGAUCUUGUUACUAAAAGUUCGCGAACAUUGCGGGCAUGUGAGCACACCAUUAACAAAGUUAUAGGGUAUUGCCGCGGGUGGUCUGGCUUUUGUUCUAUCGCGCUUGGCAUCAAGCUCUAAGCGCCGCUGAGACUCAAAAUCGGUUAUCUUGGCAUUUAUUGCAGCCCGCCAUUCCGUACGCACGGCUGCCUGCUGCUCCCAUCGCGAGCCCUACAAUAGUACUUAACUGGACAUUAUAUGGUGAAAAUAAAUUUUAAAUAUUUAAAAACAUUGGACGCUGCCUACCACAUGACGUAUAUUGGAGAUUAUUCGUCAUGUGAUGGAGUAACAGAUUUGUGAAACUGACAUUUUAUUCUGCGGUAAAAUUUUAAGUUUUACAAGUGUGAAAUACUAAUUUUGUUUUAAUAGCAUAACAAGGAGAUUUGUACGAUAAUGACGCCACCAUUUUAUUUCUUAUACGAGGAAUACCUAUAAGUCUAAAAUUCGAUAUAUUUUUUUGGAAACCUUUUGUUUUUUUUUCUGUGACUUGUCGUAAUGUUAGAAUUUUUUAAAUUAACCGAAUCAAGUAAUUUUCGUAUAAACAAUUAACACAUUUUUAUUUUCAUUAUUUAUAAAUAAAAAAUAGACAUUUAUUUAAAGAAAAAUAUAAAUGACAUCACACCCCCAAAAAGUAUUAAUUUAUUUAUUUAUAAGUUUUUUUUAUUAACACAAAAUGCACGUUUUUAACGAUUGUAUCCGAAUUCCGAAUCCGUUUGAUACUGCAGGCGCUAAAUGUCAAUUCAAUAGAUUUUGCAAAAUAUGUGAAACUGACGCUCAAAAUUGACUAAAGUGACGGGGUAACUUUAGCCAAUUAUCUGUAAGAUUCAAUAAGAUAUUUCUAUUAGUAAAACUGUCAUAUAGUUUUAUUGAUAGCCGUAGAGAUAUCUUCAUUUGAAUUUAAGUAUAAUUCAUUAAAAUGGUGGCGCCAUCUAGGCUUAGCCCUGUAUAACCAUGUGAGAUACUUAAACUAAAAAAGACAUUAAAAAUCACUUUUAGACAUUUUAAAAAUCUUAAGCUAUUAUUUGAUAAAAUUUAUUGUUUUUAAAUGUUAUUUAUUCCGUUCGUUGUUAAAUUGUAUAUUUUAAAUUGGUUUCUAAAUUGUUUUUAAAUAACGAAUUUAAUCAGUUAAAAAAAAGGAAUAUCCGUCGCCAUUUUUAGAUAGUAUUUAUAUUUGCAUUUAUUUAUCAUUCCAAUUAUGUUUUUAUUAAGUAUUCUUUACAAAUGCACAAAACCAAGUAAGAAACGAGUUUUUUUGCGAUUUUAGCUUUUAAAAAAUCAAGAUUUAAGAAAAGUAAAAGGUACCCGUCAUUACAAAGUACCUCUUUCUGUUUUUGUCAAUAAUAACUAUUUGUAACUGCAUCUUUAUGCCAAUAUUAUCUCUUUAUGACAAACAACAAAGAGGUACAUACUGUCUAAGAACAAUACAUAAGAGUGUGAACUACAUGUGUGUCCUAUGUAGGGAAUUAACGGAAUUGUGAAUUUUAAACCUCCUAUUAUAAGGGUGUAAAUAUUAAAAAUAAGUGACAACUGUACAUUUCAGCCGCUUCACAAAACUUAAAUUAUGACUAAGCCAAUUUCUUAAUUAUUUGAGCGUGUUUUAGAAAUGUGCUCAAAUAUAUUAUUCUAUAAAUAGUGCUUAGGUUAUUCACUAGAUGGCACUAGUAUUUUUGUAUUUUUUUAAACUCUUUUAGCUGCCACUAUGAUGUAUUUUAUUUUACGCAAAGUCUUACUUUAUAUCUUUACUUUUGUUUUUAUAUUCACUAGCGCCACCUUUUGUCGAAUAACUAGCACUAUUUUUUUUCUGUUAUAAGUACGACAAAUAGCACAGUCUACGCCUUGUGUACCCUAAAUUGAACCUUACAUCCCAUUAAUAAGGUUUAAUUUUACUAAAGUCAAACUUUUCAAGUCCACUUCUGAAAUGGGAUUGGUUCCUUUACAUCGGCAACAUUGAUAUAAUUAAAGGUUAUAUGUAUCAAAACACUGAAUUGUAAAUAUAAUCUUAUUGCCGAGCCAUAGAGCUCAAUUUGUAAUGAUUGGAAUAUGUUUCUUGCGUCCAAGUACUAGGAGUGAAUUGUCAAACUUAUUAUUAAAUUGCAUGUGUGUAGAACUAAAGUCGUUGGCGUGGCGUGAAACGUGAUUUUACCGACUGAUAUCAAAGAAAUGGGGUUAUGGUUAUGAAUAAUUAUUAUAAGACAAAUAAUGGUUUUAUUAAUCUUUCAGUUUGACAGAACUUAGUACAUAAAAUUCGAAUAUUAUGUGUUCCGUUCUACGUCCAAGAUCUUGACUGAGAGCGUACCGCCGCCGUUGACCGAUAGAUGCCGCUAGUGUCUAUGUAGUCUAUAUGCUAGUGUGUAUGAAUAUGUGUUACAUAUUUUUUGACAAUAAAUAAUACAUAUCCUUCUUCCUAAUUUAUGUUGUUUGUUGUAGUUGUUUUUGGAAGUCAAGUAUUUUUUUAAUCUUUAACACUAUAUUAAACUUUUAAAUAUGGUUUUAAUUUUAUUUAUAAAGAAAAUCUUAAAAAAUAAUAAUAUUUAGUUACAUGUAAAAAAUCCGCAACGCAGGCUUCGUCAGGUGGCUACAAAUGCAAAUCAGCAACAUGCUUCGUCCCAAAAAUACCAAUGAUGAUAUCCGCAACAGGCUUCGUCACUUUUUUUUUUGUUUAAAUAAAAUAACCGUCACGAAUCGCACCUGGUUCAAAUGUCCCCAUUACGCUGGCAGCGUUACCGCGCUGAAUGGCCAACGAGAUCUGUUGGACCAGGUACGAUCCGGACCGAGGGUCGCACCCCCUGUCCCUCAGCCGCCGACCCAAAUCCCUCACCUCCCUAUAUUAAACUAACAUAAAACAUAUAUAUCUUCCAAUAACGAAUUAUUAAAAAACAUAAAAUUUCGGCUGCAUUUACAGUAUUUAAUUAAUUAAUGAUAACACAUAAAACUGAUAUCAUUACCGCAGCCAUAAAAUCGAAAUAAACAUAUCUAAUGUAUUUGAGAUCCCACUUCUGAAGUCUGAAUUACAAUCGGAAUAGUUUUUGUCAUAACCCACUUCUUAUUUGAGUGGUGUUCACGUUUCAAACCGCGCCACCAGGUUGGCUGUGAGUCGUCUGAAUUAGCCUACAAUGCACAUUUCAAUUGUAUCUUGCAACGCCCUUCUUGCAAAAUGUAGAAACAUACCACUUAUAUAAGUUACGCAAAAAUUGUCAGCGUUUAUUCGGACUGUGGACUGGAGUCACAGGGCGGACAUCAAAAAUCACUUGCGUUUCUAAGUGUGAACGGCACGUCUGUACACGCGGCAUGCGUUAUUGUGUGAGUAAGUUGCUUAAAACCAGUACUGAGCAACCGGCAAACGGCCGUCAAUCUGCUGUCGCGGAGCGAGGUCAUUCGAAUCAGGGCGGGGCGGUGAGUGGCCGUUCUGUAUGAUAAUACUAUUACUUAUUCUGUAGUUUAAAUUCAAAAAAAUCACGAAAAUGGUAAACAAGCGUAGGGCCCAUUUAAUAGUUUUUUUAAAACAAAACUCUCAUAAGCGCAGACUUUGCUGUAACUUAUAAAAGUGGGAAUAAGUCUUAUUCGCUUCAUAGACCUAGUAAAGGUAAUACUGUAAAGACAAGUUCAUAUUUGAACUAAAUCUAUUUUAUCCUAAUACAGUACUAAAUAUAGUACAAAUCUAAUCUGAAUCUUGCCCUGUUACGAACGUUCUAAUUUCCAAAUCAUGCCUUCAUAAGUAUGGAUGGUAUAGAAAGGAUGCCAAUCUCUUAUGGCAGAAUUGUUGCAAAAGUGACCGCUUUCAGCUUUAAAUAAUAGUUCCUAAUCUCUCCGGUGGCGCUAGUUAGGCUCUGGGACAUGAGUAUAACAUGAACCAUAUAAGGCAACAAAUAACCCGACCAAAUUACGUAGGUUGUUUUUGGUAGUAUUUCGGUGUAUGGUGGCGCCGCCUAAUUACUGUUUUUUGAUGGACACUUUUCAUACAUAGAGAUUUGGCUCCUUUAUAUAGUCUCCAUGUUUAUAAGGUUUAAAAGUCAUUUUAGAUUUGUACUAUAAUUAGUUAAUUAUAUUUCGGACCUAGGGAUCUAUGGAACGAAUAGGCAGUGAACGCGACGCAAUUUCAAUACUAACUUUUGUAUAAAGGGCAUAUUAAUAAUUUAAUUAUUAACAUUAAUUAUCUGAUAAUUAACUCGUAAGUGUCGAUUAACGUCCGUUGGGUCAAUGUUAUCGUAGUUCAUAAGUGUUUUUUUGCAAUUUUCGUCACAAUUUCUAGUAUAAGCUGUAGUGGGUAGUUGCUUCGUUUUAUUGAUACCAGAUUUCAAAAUACCCUCAAAACAUUUUUUGUAGAUCAAACUAUAAUUAAUUGUGUGCUUCCAAAUUCAAAAUUUAGUAAUUGACGUUUCUAAAUUUCUGGAAUAUUACACACAUUUUUGAGAUUUAGUAUUUUGCUCUGGUAUUCAUAAAAUGGUGGGUAGCUUGCGUGCGUAAAUGUUUUCAGGGUUAUGUUACAAUUUGAUAUAUUUCAUUGAAUGUGAAACCCUAAAAAAUGUUAAUCUUCAUAAUGUCACUAAACAACCCCUUUAUUCUCUUAAGGCCCACUGUCCUUCCCGUAGUACUAAUUACUUCAAUAUAAUUUAAACCAUUUUCAAUUGGAACAGUUGCAUUUCUUUUGUUUCAAUCGAUUUCAAAACAAAAGAAAUUCAACCAUAUUUUCUUCAUUAUUGAUUUCAAAUUCAAAUGGCAUUUUUUUUUGUAUGGAUGGCCUUAGGUUACAAUAAAGGGGCCAACUAUGCAACAGACUCUUUUAGAAUACAAAAGUUCACCUCCUCGCCAAUAGAGGCGCUUCAAAUAUAAUUAAUUUCCUAUUUUAGGAAAAUACUGAGUGUAAGGAAGUCUGUGUACUAUAUGUGGGUGCCAAAACAGUCUUCCAUUCUGAGUACGUAAAAUAUGUGUGGAAACUCAAAUAAAACAACUGAGUUACGUCAAGUUUUAACAUUUCCCUGAUAAUUUUACAUUGUACGUAACCAUCUUGUAGAUAUGUUUUUUAUUUAAUGUUCAAAAGUGUAAUGCCAUUUGCGGAAAAGACUAAUGUUAUAUAUUAAUGAAUACGAUAUUAUAAUUAUUAUUCAACAA